AUGGCUACCACCCAGGACCAGAUUCGACUUGAACUUCAAGACAUCGCUGGAAUGAAAGACUAUCAGUUCAUCAAGCAACGAGAACGCACUCUCCGCAACUCGCUCAGGCAGACACAGCCGCACACACACCACGUCGACAACGAUGAAUCCAUAUCGCAACAUGGCAAUACCUCGAGCUUUUUCGGCUCAAGGAAUUCCUAUCCAAAGGGGGUGCCUGUCGCAACUGCGGCGCAGGCUACUAUCUCAUCGAUACCUGGAGGACCGUCUGGCCCGGUCCUCGCCACCACAUCCAUCGCGCUCGACAAUGCUAUGCUGGCUUGCCAGCGAUCAUGUUCUGCCCAGUCGCAGCCCAUGAGCCGAACCGUCUCGCAGUUGUCGGAUCCCUCUAAGAUCGCCCAUGGCGGGAGUCUUCGGGGCGCCUAUGGUCCUGAUGAAGAGACCCAAAUCUACUCGGAUACCCAGCUCUUUAUCAGCAACCCAACCCGCUCUAUGAUACCUCGUCUUGCUCACGUCCGGGAAGAUGCUCGUCUAGAUGUGGGACAGAAUCCGUCGGACUACUUGACCUCACUUAGUGAAGAAUACCCUGCCGCUGGCUUGAUGGAGACCUAUUACACUUCCCUAGACGACAACGACGGCUUCGUCUACCCUAGUGGCAGUGGUGCCUCAACAAGCCCAUCUCUUGCGUCCGCCGACUCGCUUCAGGCUGAUACAAGCCUUCUAAGCAGGAACAACAGCUCGUUUGGUUACGUCUUUAUGGACGAGGCCGGCGCAUUGCCCAUCAGCAGGACCCCGAGCUGCGAAUCCUCGGCUUAUAACUCGACGUAUCCAGGACAUGCCACAGGGGCCUUGGUAAUGACACCCCCGUACGACACGGAUGGUCCGCUAAUGGAUCGCAAUUCCAUGGGCUCCCACGCUGCGAAAUUACACAGCGGUGCCUCACUGAGCCUUACACCUGAAUCUACCGACAUGUUCCGUUCCAUUUCGAGCAGCAGUGUGAGGUCCACCGCUUCAUACCAAGAGCGUCGCGCCAGGGAAGCGUUGGGGCGUCAAAUUCACAACGGCUCGCGUAUCACGAUUGCUCCUCGGGAUGGCCUUGAUGGUGUCGAAUCAGCACCCACCCGUGCCUCCCUGCCCAGGUCGAAGUCGUCCGCUUCGUCAAAGAGGCACAGCACUCUGGCUACUCAACACCCACAACACCGGCGCAAAGUGGCCAAAGUGUUUUGCGAGAGCUGCAACGAAUAUCCUGACGGGUUUCGUGGCGAACACGAACUUCGGAGACAUACCAACUCCAAGCACGCAGAAAUGAUCACCAAAUGGGUGUGCCGUGAUCCUUCUUCAGUUAGCAUCGAAUCCAACCUCAAGGCUAUUCAGCCUUUGGAUAAGUGCAAGGCCUGUAUUUCGAUGAAGAGAUACGGAGCCUACUACAACGCCGCCGCUCAUUUGCGUCGGUCCCACUUCAAGAAGCGAACUGCGCGCGGAAAGAAGCGAGCCGACUCAAAACAGCAAGGCUCGGCCAAGGAUCUUCCUGCCUGGCCCCCGAUGGAAGACCUCAAGCACUGGAUGACCAAGAUCCGCGUUCGCAAGGACGAUGGAAAGCAAGUCUCCAAGUCUGAUGAAGGAAGCAAGGAUGCUGCAUUCGAACACGAGGAUUCGGAGGAUGAGGUGCUCUCAGACCCUCUCGACCAGGAGAUCGAGUUCGUGACCUCUGGAAAUGGCGGGGCUUUUAUUGAAGGUUCACUUGACGCGAAUACCUACCCUGGAUCUAUCCAGGAUCUGGAUUCCGUUGACACGAUGAUCGAUGCCUUCGAUACCUUUGAUGAGGCCCCACGCGCUUCCCUUCUGUCCUCAUCCUGCGCUCAAUACGACAUGGCAGCUUACCCCCAGUCGUCCUCUAGCCGUCAUUAUCUUGGUACACUUUCGCCGAUUUCUUCCCAAGGCGCCGAGCCCUCGUUUUCCUAUUAUUAA